GCCACGGCCCAUUUUCACAAAACCAGCACAAAGACAACCAGUCAUCACUGCGCUGCGACCGUUUCCAUUCCCUUAACGGCGAUACGACGGUCCCCGCCAACCUUGAUAAGCAGUUUGGCUGUUCUUUUUACACAACGCCGUGCCGCAGCCACGAAACCCGCCGAUUUCAACGCGUGGGCCGAAACCCGCCACCCCCAAAGACCUACCGAACCGCUUCUUUCUCAAGAAAAAAAAAAAACAUCCAUUUCGUUGUCUAUUGCUUCUGUCUGACCUGACUGGCUUUAGUCGAGAGGGUUUCCACUGUCGAGUGGGAAAAAAAAGUAUUGUCAUUUGUUGGUUCCGAGUCUGUCCUGCGCUUCCCAUCCUAGCCCGCUAUCCGGCUCGAAAAGCUUUCCGCAUCGCCCCCGCCCUUAAGGUGUCACACGCCAUUUCCUCUCCCACCGUCACCGACAAAAUAAAAUCGUGACCAUCACCGGUAGUCUUCGGAACGAUCACGAGCAGGUGCUCGUCCCUUCAUAGCUCUGCCAAAGAUGGCUUCGGUGUCACCGCCGCCCAUCCAGCAGACCACUGAUGUAGGCCGGCCUCGAUCGAAACAGCAGAUGUCUGUCAAUUAUGAUGAGGCAGAAAACGGGCCAGUCGGUCAGCGAUCCUCACGACUCCAGUUUGAGCUGGCUCAGUGUGUCGAGACGACGACGGUGACGACGACAAAGACUACGAAACUGGCGAUACCGCCACUGUUGCUACGUGAGCCACGACCACUAAGUUCCCUCGAUACAAAGGAGUACCCACUGGCAAACCGACCGACGCCGCCCGAACUGGCCAAAUUUACGAUGGAUAUUGAAGGUUACCAACAAGGACUGUUUCCUGUCGACUCGUCAUUUGAGGAGGCCAUGUACAAGAGGGAACACGAGCCUAGGCCCUGUUCUCUUGACGUUGAUGCCUUGGAAACACCCGAUACCCCGCAGCAAGAAUCCCCGACUCCAACCUUCUUCAACAAUAAGCCGAGACCGACCCGAAGAGCCAGUGGCAUCCCGUCUCGAAAUGCGUCAAAACCGUACGGUUCCAUCGGUAGAGAGGAGUUUUCCCGCUCAAAUCGCCCGAUCAUGACCUCGACCGCAUCGGAGAGAAUGAGGAGACCAUUUACGGAGCAAAGGCGGAUGGAAUCGGAUUCUGCAGCCGGCUAUUUGGCUACUCCUGAUGCCACAGAGUUGGUGGGAGGCAGCCGAAGGCGCUCAAGUCGCCGCGAGCCUCUGGAUCAGGGCGAAUCGGCAGAGUCGAGCACACAGCAGACUUCUCUUUUUGACGCGGCCAGUCCCGCCGAGAGUGAGGCAAACACUGCGUACAGUGGGUCGGUGACCACACCCCCGGUAAUGGAGGCGGACUCGGUUUCGCUCGCAGACGCAGACGAGCAACCCGCACGUGCCUUCCACAGGCCCAGACCUACCGUGGAUACCAUUGCGGCGCAAGAUGCAAGUCUCCCUAGCCCGGGCCUAUCGCCUACGUUGCAAGCGGCGCAGCUGCAAAACGGUCAGCAGGAUGAUGGGGAUGUGGACGAUGACGACCAGAUGGAAUUCUCCCAGCAGCUUACACGGCAGAGACGAUCACGCUUCCUCGGGAACAACUCACCAGCGAACGAGGACGAUUCCUCCGAUGUGGCUGAGCAUGCCCUCGAGCGACGUAGGAGGGGAGGGACGGAGCGCUUCUCCAGGCAGAGCAUACUUGAUACCCAGUACAUGGUCGAGCAGUUUGACACAUUACCAAACGAGCUAAAGACACUGAUGAUGUACCAGCUGCUAAGGCGUUGCCCCCGAAAGACACUGCACAUGGUUGCCGAUGUUGUCAACCCCGCUUUGAAGUGCGACUUUAUCAAGCAACUUCCGGCCGAACUUUCACUUCAGGUGCUCAGCUAUUUGGAUUACCGCGAUCUCUGCAGAGCUGCCCAGGUGUCCAAGCUAUGGAGGUCCAUUGUCGAUGGCAACGAAACUGGCUGGAAAGAACUGUGCGAUAGAAAUGGGUUCGAACUUUCUGAGAGUGAACUGGAGAAGGCGAUUUCCCAAGGCUGGGGUUGGCAAGAUCCUGCUGGCAUUUACGGUGCUGAGCUUGAUCUCAGCCUGCAGUCUCGACUUACUGCCACUGAACCAGAGCUGGUGAAGACAGCAAAGCCAAAUGCAUCGCAAAGGACGAGGCCUGCAAAGCGGAAGCGUCCUAUGGCGGGCUAUCCAUCAGCAGACCGCUCGAAGCGGCGCGCUAACACACAGGAUGUCCACAAAUCCGACGGAAUGGAGCCGGGUCACCAUCAUCAAAACAAGGAAGGCCCCAUUGCAGCAGCUACAGCCGCAGCUAUGGCAGUUAGUGAUCCCGGAAUUGGACUUCCCUCUCUUCGAAGGCUGCACUUGUUCAAGUCCCUAUUCCGCCGGCACUAUAUGAUCCGACAGAAUUGGACAAGCGGCAAGGUCAAGCCUGGACACGUGGCUUUUGCGGCUCAUCCUCGUCAUGUUAUCACCUGCCUUCAAUUUGAUGAAGACAAGAUCAUCACUGGUAGUGAUGAUCAGUUGAUCCACGUCUACGACACCAACACGGGCAAGCUCAGGCAGAAGCUCGAGGGACAUGAGGGCGGUGUUUGGGCAUUGCAAUACGAGGGCAACACUCUAGUCUCGGGUAGCACGGAUCGAUCUGUACGUGUCUGGGACAUUGAAAAGGGCCUCUGCACGCAAGUAUUCUAUGGGCAUACAUCCACAGUCAGGUGUCUACAAAUCCUGAUGCCCACUGAGGUGGGUUCUGAUACGGAAGGCAGGCCGAUAAUGUCGCCCCCCAAGCCCUUGAUCAUUACAGGAUCUCGGGAUAGUCAGCUUCGCGUCUGGCGUCUGCCUGAGGCCGGCUCAAGACGAUACAUCCAGACAGGCCCACCGGCCAACGACGCAGAGUGCCCAUACUUUUUGCGAAUCCUCCAGGGGCACACCCACUCCGUCCGGGCCAUCUCAGCACAUGCCGAUACCCUUGUAUCGGGCAGUUAUGAUUGCUCCGUCCGUGUAUGGCGUAUCAGCACGGGAGAGCAGUUGCACUGGCUACAAGGCCACUCACAGAAGGUAUACUCUGUUGUGCUGGACCACAAGCGCAACCGUUGCAUUUCUGGAUCCAUGGACUCGCUCGUCAAGAUCUGGGAUUUGGAGACUGGCGCAUGUCUGUAUACACUCGAGGGCCAUAGUUUGCUUGUCGGACUCCUCGACCUCAGAGACGAGAGGCUUGUAUCGGCUGCCGCUGACAGCACCCUUCGUAUCUGGGAUCCCGAGAACGGCAAGUGCAAGAGCAUCCUCACAGCCCACACUGCGGCUAUUACUUGCUUCCAGCAUGACAGCCGCAAAGUCAUCAGUGGUAGUGAAAAGACGGUGAAAAUGUGGGAUAUCGCCACCGGCGAGUGCAUCGAGGAUCUCUUGACGGAUCUCAGUGGAGUCUGGCAAGUCAAGUUUGACGGGAGGAGAUGUGUCGCAGCGGUCCAGAGAGACGGCCUCACAUAUAUCGAGAUUCUCGAUUUUGGCGCUGUUCGUGACGGGAAGCCCCGCGAAGAGCUCGGGAAAAGGAUAGUACUUAACUCUUCGGAAGUUCAACGUCUUCUUGAAGAGGUUGAAGCUUGAGAAAGAUUAAUGCUUUAUGGGUGCAACCGCCCAAGGCAUGCAAAUAUCAGAAAAAGCGCUCGGUCUUCUAGCUCAUACUUAUUCUGGGAGAAACAGCACCUAGCUUGUCAGCCUGGGACUCAAAUCUUCCUAACGCCUCAAACACUGGCCAGUUUUUGUGUCAUCACGGGCAAGAUUGAACAUAUUAGGCAUUCAAGCGGGAUAUAGACCAGAGAGAAAGUAGUUGCGGAUAUGGAUGGCGUUUGGAGUGCUACUCAUGGUUUCACUGUUUAUUAUUAUUUUUCUUUGUCUAGGGAGGGUUUGGCAUUGCAGCGCUGCGCGUUUGUCUGGUACAAGCUGGAGGUUAUGGGCAAAGGAGUGUGCGGUUCUCUUUUUCACGAUUUGAACAAAAGUGCUAGCUGGUCGUAUACAUGUCCCGACGCAUGGCUUUUGCCCUUUUUCUUUCCUGAUUGUCUAGGCUUUAGGGAGUCAAGUAUUAGCGUAGUGUUUUUUUGGCGGAACAAUAAUCACUUUUCACAAAAUAACAUGGAGCCAGUGCAGUGCC